AAGAAGCAUCAAUACUCGAACACCUUUGGAUUUUGCCACACUUUUGGAUUUGCCAUUUCCCUCUGUGUUUUCCACAUUCAUUUCACCUCAUCCUUUUCAGCCCUUGGUUGUGCUGCAAUUAUUACUUAUUCUUCCCACUUGGUAUAGUAGUAUCUGCCAAUUAUAUAUUCAUUAGCUAAGCUUUCAGCAGAGUUCUUUCUGUCAUCUCUAUCCUCAAGAAUCAGAGAGGUUUCAAAAUGGAGGUGGGUCAGUUGCAGAGGAGGUUUCUUGAAUACACUGCAUCAUUGUUUAACCAGGGGCUGUUGGAUGGUCAGUUCGCCCAACUUCAACAACUGCAAGAUGAGAGCAACCCUGAUUUUGUGCUUGAAGUGGUCUCUCUCUUCUUUGAAGAUUCUGAAAAGCUCCUCAAUGAUCUCACCAUAGCUGUAGGUCAGCAUAUUGUGGAUUUCAAGAAGGUGGAUGCUUAUGUUCAUCAGUUUAAGGGUAGCAGUUCCAGUAUUGGUGCUCAGCGAGUCAGAAAUGUCUGCAUUGCUUUUCGCAGCUUCUGCGAAGAACAGAACACUGAAGCAUGCAUGAGUUGUCUGCUACAACUUAAGCAGGAGUACUCACUUGUGAAGGAUAAGCUUCAGAAUUUGUUCCAGUUGGAGCAACAGAUUGUGGAAGCUGGUGGUGCAGUUCCUAUGCUCGAGUAUUAAAGUUGCGGUAACUGAAAUGUGAUUACCUUCGACUGUGUAGCCUUCUUCAGAUUUUUACCCUUUCUCUUCCUCUCUUGACUUUUUCUUCGAUUUUCGUUCGAGGAAUAUUAUGAUGCUUAAUUUGUCUAAUUCUAGCAUAUAUCGAUGGUCUUAUGCUGUGUUAAGAAGCACAUUGUAAGUAAAGGAGUGGAUGCCUACUUAUGAAUUUAAUUGCAUGCACAAUUUUCAUUCUUAAAA